AUGUCCAGGCUUGUUUUCUCUCUACUUGCUACCCUCCUAUCUGUCGCCGUCGCGGCGCCGUCCGCACCUGGCUGGCGAUUCGACCUCAAGGCGGAGCGCUCGGGCAUCGUCGCUCUCGAGUCCAUUGUUGUCUCGCCAACGCUCGUCGUGUUCUUCGACCGCGCCUCCAACGACCCGUUGCAGAUCAACAACCAUUCUGCGUGGGGCGCUCUUUGGGACCUCGAGACCAGUACGGUCAAGCCGCUCGAUGUCCUCACGAACUCGUUCUGCGCAAGCGGUGCCCUUUUGAGCAACGGGACCAUGGCCAGUCUUGGAGGCGACCCGAACGGCUUCCCCGGUAACCCAGACAUCAGACCCGGUACUCAAGCCAUCCGGAUUUUUGAGCCCUGCGCCUCUCCAUCCGGUGAAGGCUGCACGCUCUUCGAGGACCCCGUCAACCUGCACCUUCAGGAGCCCCGUUGGUACCCGUCGUCCAUUCGCAUCUUCGACGGCAGCCUCCUCAUUGUUGGCGGCAUGCACGAGGACACGCCGUUCUACAACACCGACCCUGCGCUGAGCUUCGAGUUCUUCCCGCCCAAGGAGAGCGCGCCGCGGCCGUCCGAAUUCCUGAAGCGAUCCCUCCCUGCGAACCUGUUCCCGCGUAUCUUCGCACUGCCGGACGGCAAGGUGUUCAUGGUGGCCAACAACCAGUCCAUCAUUUACGACAUCGAGGCGAACACGGAGAGGAUCCUCCCCGACAUCCCGAACAACGUGCGCGUCACGAACCCCAUCGACGGCUCCGCCAUCCUCCUCCCACUCUCCCCGCCCGACUACGUCCCCGAAGUCCUCGUCUGCGGAGGCACCCAGACCGACCCCAUCGACCCCCUCCUGCUGUCCUCGCAGACCCCCGCGACCACUCAAUGCUCGCGCAUCACGCUCACCGAAGAGGGCAUCGCGAAGGGCUGGGAGGUCGAGCACAUGCUCGAGCCCCGCACGAUGCCCGAGCUCGUGCACCUCCCGAACGGCCAGGUGCUCAUCGCGAACGGCGCCCGCUCCGGGUUCGCCGCGAUUCACCAAGUACAGGACCCGAUCGGGAACUCAAACUCGGACCACGCCGUGCUCACCCCGUCCCUGUACACGCCCAACGCGCCACUCGGGCAGCGUAUCAGCAACGCGGGCAUGCCGGACUCGGGCAUCGCGCGCGUGUACCACUCGAGCAUCACGCUCACGCCGCAGGGCAACUUCCUCAUUGCGGGCAGCAACCCGAACGGUAACGUGACGGUCGGGCCUGGUAUCAAGUUCCCGAGUGAAUUCAGGGUGCAGACGCUGGACCCGCCGUUCAUGUUCGUCGAGCGACCGAAGAUCCUGAACACGCCCGCGAAGCUCGCGUUCAACAAUAAGUUCACUGUCCCCAUCUCGAUCCCGUCCAACCUCGCGCGUCCGGGCGCGAAGGUCCAAGUCUCGCUCAUGGACCUCGGGUUCUCGAGCCAUGCGUUCCACUCGAGCGCGCGCCUGGUCUUCAUGAACGCAACCAUCUCGCGCGACCAGAAGUCGCUCACGUUCACCACGCCCCCCAACGGCCGCAUCUUCCCGCCGGGCCCAGCGACCGUCUUCCUCACUAUCGACGACGUGACGAGCGAGGGCGCGUGGGUGAUGAUGGGCAGCGGGCGGUCGCCGCCGACUCUGGAGUGA